AUGUCACAUUUAAUAGUAAUAGUAACAGCUGUUUUAAUGCUUUUAUUGUUGAAUAUUGCACCUAUUCAUUGUGAAAAUGACCCUAUCCAGGGUGAAGGAUACGUUUGGUCAACCUCAGAAGUAGGGAAUGGUCACAGAUACAAAGGAUUACUUUUGACCACUCCUACAAUCAAAGAGGCGAUGAUUGAAUCAAAACAAGAAUGGGAUUUUAUUAGAACCAAGUGGUGGCCACCUACGAUAUGGGUCUCUGGUAAAGACAUCAGAGGUAUUGGGAAUUACACCUAUUCAAGUGGACCAGGAACCAAUCAACCACUAUUUAAUAUGUAUACUGGUCAAUGUUGGGGUAUGUCUAUUAAAAGAUAUUGUACAUUCAAUGCAGGCCAGCCAUCCUUAACUCUUGCUGCUGAAGAUCAAUAUAUUUACAUCAGAGGACCGACUUGGAAUUUUAAUAAUGAUAAUGGUUCUAAUGAUCAAGUUCAUACAGCAAUAUGUGAAUUACAGCCCAUUUCAGAAGAAUAUAUUCCAUCAAUCGGUACAAAUGGAGGAUCAAUAACAAUCAACAAUCUAUCACAAUUCAACAUACAAACAAUCAACAUUACGUUUUCCAAUCCAACCAAACAACUUGAAAAAUCAUGUCAAAUAACUUCAAAACAAGGAACAUCAAUCACUUGUACUGUUCCACCUCUAUCUGGACUUCAUGAUGUCACUGUUCAAGAUGCUAGUGGAGUCAGCUCAGCACACUAUGCAUGGCAACCAUAUCCACCAUUUAUCAAAGCUGUCUAUCCAUCAUUCACUGCUAAUGGAUUGGUUACACUGAUUGGUGAUAACUUUGGUGAUAACACCAAUAAUACGGUAGCUGUCAGUGUCUCAACAUCUAUAACAGAUGCACCGGCGAUUGACAAUAUUACUAGUAUUAUACCUGGACAAGCAUCACAGGUUACAAUCAAUGGGAAUCAUUUUGGAAGAGACAGUUCAUAUGUUUUGAUUUCGAUUCAAGGAAGUCAAUGUAAAUCACCAAUGUUUAUUGAAAACAACUAUCAACAAAUUACUUGUUCAUUGGGUAGUGUUGAACCUUAUUCAACCGAUCUAAAUUAUACUGUUAAAAUUGGAGUUGGUGGAAUGCUUACAACCAAAGUUGUAUCUCUUGCGAAAGAGUGUCUUAACAAUUGCUCGUCACAUGGCAUUUGCAAUACCACGUUUGGGUCAUGCAAAUGUAACAGUGGUCAUGAACCCCUAUUGGAUUGUUCAGAGUUGGUUAAUCGUAGUCAAUUGCUCAACACAACGAUUUGGGAUAACGGCAUGUCACUUUUAUCAACAGACCAAACGAUUAGUGGUGUGAUUGUCAAUUUCACAACUGGUAUACAAUUCAUUCGUGAAAUCAAUCAUGACCAAUCAAUAAUUAAAACAAUAUCAAUGGAUAGUGCCGUGUGGACGCAAGAAGAGGAGAAGACAUCUGCUGGUGAAUUAGUGAUAUUCCAUACACAAUCAGAUUCAGUAGAAUUUGACAAGUGUGGUAAGCUAAAAGUCAGAAGUGACAUAUCACGUGGUGAUCAAAUUAUAUGGACCAGAGUUCAAGUUGGAAGGACACUAUUAAACUGUAAAAUAGCAAGUAGAAUGGUUAUAGACAACUCGACAAUCAUUCCAUCCAAAGUAACACUUCUCACCAACGAUGAUCCAGUCUCUCAACAAAUCUGGAAAAGUCGAAAAUUCAACCUUUUAACCACAUUCCACAAACCUAGAUUCUCUCAAUCGGUUGAACUCGAUCACGUCUUCAACGCACUCAUUCUUGGCGACGACUCCAACUUGCCAUAUGAGUGUACUGAAGAGACAUCUGAUCAAUGGACAUUUAUCAUAGUCGCUGUUGUCUUAUCGGCUGCACUACUCUCUAAAUCGAUGACAUCAAUAUAUAUAUCAAUAUCACCAACACCACCACCACUACUUACAUAUCACACUAAAAUAAUUAUAGGAGACCCUAAUAAAUUUACAAAAGAGCACCGUUGUUUCUCUGAGAAGUUCCCACCCGAUCUAUGUAAUGUCUUUAGUACACAAGAGUAUGCCACCAUCAUAAGCUCUUACAAUCAUGCGACAAAGGUGGAUUUAAGUCGCAUUACUGGCAUACUAGCCGUUAUAAUGGUGGCUUCCUUUGCGAUCAUGCUCUUUCAAAACGAUACAGUCACAUACGCUGGUGCUGGAGUCGCUAUCGUUGGUUCAUUUUAUAUGAUUGCUUACCUUCUCUUUAUCAAUUCAAAAAGGAAAAGAAGCAUCCAUGAGUUGAAUGAAGAAUACAAUAUGAUGUUUGCGCAAAGAGGUGUAUCAUUUGGACUAGAAUAUAUAGCUUCUCUAUACAGGCUUUCAAUUCGGUAUCCUUUAGGACCACCACAAUCACCACCAACAUACUCUGACAUGAAUCAUAAUCAAAAUAAUUAUAUUAUUAAUAAUAAUUACAACAAUCAAGAUACCAUCAUUGAAAAUCCUUGGAAUGGAGUAAUGUUAAAUAAUAUUAGUGAUGCAUCUUCAUCAUCAUCAGCACCCAAGAAUUAA